AUGGGGCACUGCAUAUCCAUGCUGCGACGAAAGAUGACGAGACGGCGGCAGCCGCCGGCGGAGCCGUUCGUCGUCAGAGGCGGCCGCCUGCCGCCGGCCGUGGCGGCGGAGAGCUUCGGCCAGCUACAGCUCCAGAAACGUGCCAUUCACGGUGGCGGCAGCCGCGGCGAGACGACCAGACCGGGACGGCACGGCGAGAGGUUCAGGCAUGAGGUUGACCCAGGGGUGCUGCUCGACGGGAGGCGGUGCGCGCCAAAGCUCGUCAGGUUGCCGUGCCGGGGCACGUGCUGCGGAACAACGGCCGUCGAGCCGGUCGCAACAGAUCAGGAGAGGCCGCUGACGGAGGGGAGCUGCAGGACGCCCGUCGCGCCGCCCAUGACGCCGAUGAGGCCGGUGUGGCAGCGGAGGAUACUGAUGGGGAUGCGGUGCGAGCUGCCGCGGUUCAGCGGGCUCAUCCUGUACGACGAGCAUGGCCGGCCGAUCAGGGGCAGCACGCCGGGCAGGAGCCACCCCCAGUGGAAAAAGAGAACUGCCAAGGCUGGUACAACACUCAGGGACCUCCUAUAGUCGCAUGUCAAACGGCACAAAGACCUGAAGAUAUGAUUCCGGCCUGCUUGUUAUAUUUUAUUUCCCACUUACAGUAGAGCAGCAGUCAUGCUCAUGCUAGUUUGAAGCUGCGCACAUUGAUGCUAUAGUUAACUUCAAAAUCACUUUCCCCGAAUACAACUACCCAAAAUUGUACAUUCUGUUUCCAUUAGCAAUCUGAAAGAUGUACAAGAGGAUUACCAGUAACAUGCACAUACAUUAAUUCUACUGUAUACAU